UCACCCUUUAACCAGGGUAAUAUUUUUUAAUAUCACAUAAUCAUUAAUAUUCGUGCGUCUUGCAACUUUGCAUAUUAAUGAUGAAUAAUAGACUGUACAUUACCAGAAGUACAUAACCUACAUAACCUACAUAACCGUACAUUACAAUGUAUAUAUGAUGGAAAUUUCAAGGGUGUCUGAGAUUGGUUACCAAGAGUUUGUGCAAAAGUAUUUGUUGGGGAAUUUGCCAUGUUUGCUGGAUGAAAGAUUCACAAGAAAUUGGAAGAGUCGACAGGAAUGGGUUUGUGAUGGGAAACCAAACUUUGAAUUUCUGAGAGAAUCUUUUGCUGAAGCCACAGUACCAGUUGCUGAUUGCGAUGAAGAGGAGUUCCAAUCACAUCCAAAACAUUCAAUGUUAUUUAAAAAAUUCAUUGACUACUGGCAAGCUAGGAGUAAUGGAAUGUCGCAAGAUGAGAAAUGUUGGUACCUUAAAGACUGGCACUUUUGUAAGCAAUUUCCUGAAUACAAAGCAUAUGAGAUGCCUACUUUCUUCCAAUCUGAUUGGUUGAAUGAGUUUUGGGAUGAGUGGACUGAAAUGAAAGAUGACUACAGAUUUGUAUACAUGGGACCUAAGGGAACUUGGACACCAUUUCAUGCUGAUGUAUUUAGGUCAUACAGUUGGUCAGCAAACAUUUGUGGUCAUAAGAAAUGGAUUCUUUACCCUCCAGGAUCGGAGAAUCACAUGAAAGACACUCAUGGCAACCUAGUGUUUGAUCUGAACUCCUUGGAGACUCAAGAUACAAAAAGAUUUCCACAUUUUCAUAAAGCACCCCAGCCAAUGAUUGUCCAUCAAAAAGAAGGGGAAAUUAUUUUCGUACCAAGUUGUUGGCACCAUCAAGUUAUGAACAUGGAGGACACAAUAUCAAUAAAUCAUAAUUGGAUAAAUGGUUGUGGAGUUUAUCGCACGUGGCAACAUUUAAAAGCAGAAUUACACUUGGUAAAACGCAGUAUCGAUGAUUGUAAGGAAAUGGAUGGUUGGUUGGACCAGUGCCAAAUUAUUCUCGAGGCAAACAGCGGGAUAAGUUUCGCAACAUUCUUCAAAUUUCUCUUUUUCAUUGCCCGUGCAAGACUCCACUUCCUGGAAAAACAGUUCCCAGAAAACUCAAAGUUCCGUGAACAAUAUGCACAAUUAUUUCGUUUUGUUAUAACGAAACCCGAAUACCGGGAAACCAUUACUUCCCCUGAUAUAAGCGGUCAACGACCAAUACAGUACAUGUACUAUUCUCGUGACUUAUGCCUGUUUGACUUGGUCAAAAUCAAAGACGUCCUGGAGAAGUUUUUGGAUCACGAAGAUGUGCAAGGAACGCUGAAACAGGAUUGUACAAUCCUGUUGUGUUGCUUGGUGAAAACGACUGAUGAUCUCUAAUAAUUGUAAAAAUAAUUUCUUAGAAAUUGCCAAUUGCUUUGGGUUGUUGUAGUGUUUCAAUAUCUCAUCACUUUCUUCCAUGAAAUUCCUUGGGAAUUCCCUAACCUCGCAUCUUCCUAGUUGGUCAUUUUAUCACCCCACAUAGCUUUACCACAAAGUCACCAGCUCCAGCCAAUUAUUAAUGUCACGCUGAAUCAGGGUUGAUGGUUGUGAUUUCCCUAUUCAACAACUAAGAGAUCUUAUCAAAAAAUCUAAUGAAAUCAGUUAUGGUCUGACAAAUUUCUAAAGCUGUAACUAUAAAACUAUUGAUAUGCAAUUUAAAUUUUUGUUAAUAUCAAGGUCAUCAUUGCAUAAUU